AUGCUCUGGCUUCAGUUUGGAGGCCCUCAAUCCGGAGUUUCGUACAACCAUUUCUGGCGCCGGUUUCGGGACCGCUGGGCAAACGUGCUGCGCUUUAGCCCCGAGUCCAGUCAUGCGGGCUGCAGUGACUGCCUGUGGUUCAAAGAAGACCUCCAAAGCAGGUUCGAGGUCGCGAAAAUGUACCGGGAGCACUUGAAUAGCGUCGCGAAAGACCGCGAACUCGAGGAAUACUUGCAGGAGUGCUGCUUCUCCGAUAACUUGAAGUAG